AUGUCUACAGACACAAGAAGUCACCGCGAUAAGGCGGCUCCUUCUAAACGCAAGACCCGUGAUGGGUCCGAGGAUGCUGCCCCGGCCCGCAAAAAGCCAACCCGCAAGGCAGACAAAGCAAAUGAGCAACCCCAAUUCGAGGAUUUUAGCAGCAAACCUGCCCGCAAAUACAAGGACAAGUUCGCUCCUCGCCCUGAGAAGGAAUACCCAUCGAUCAACGAUCUCAAAAGGCGAAUUCGCGAUGUGAAGCGACUACUCAACAAAAUGGACCUCUCUGCCGAUGCUCGCAUCUUGCAGGAACGUGCUCUCGCAGGAUAUGAGCAGGACCUCGCGGACGAAAUGGCACGCCGAGAGCGGUCACAAUUGAUCUCAAAAUAUCACUUUGUUCGCUUCCUGGAUCGCAAGACCGCGAACAAGGAGCUCAACCGUCUUCUCCGCCGCGAGAAGGAACAAGAUUUGGACUCAAAGCAGAAGGCCCGUCUCGAGGCGAAAAUUCAAAAUUGCCGCAUCAACCUCAACUACACUAUCUACUACCCACUCACCGAGAAAUAUCUUUCAAUCUACCCCAAGUCAAAUGGGAAACCCGAGGCAGCUGAAUCAGGGUCAGAUGCCGAGACUUCAAAGAAAGAGACCAAGACCAAGGAUGCCAAGCCUCCGUUAUGGGCUGUUGUUGCCAAGUGCAUGGAGGACAACACUCUGGACCUUCUUCGUGAAGGAAAGCUGAACAUCAACUUCAAAGGAGAGAAGAUCCAAACUUACUCCAGCACAGUUGCAACCACAGAUACCAGCAAGGAGAAAAGCAAGAAGAAAGAGCACCAAAAGGAUUCCAAGGGUGCCUCCCAGAAGGACAAGUCGAUCAAACACGACAAGAAAGAUAAAUCGGCACGUGGUUCGCAGACUUCCAAGCAUAAUGCACCGCAAGAGGUCAAUGCGGAGGAUGAUGAGAGCGACGGUGGUUUCUUCGAGUAA